AUUCGGAUUAGAUGAGAAUGAGACGUUUCGAGGAAUAUAGCAACAGUAUGAAUUAAUACAUGAAACGAGAACACACAACAUUUUCAAUUCAAGGCUUUUCAACUAUAUUAGGAUUUUCCUGCGAUCAAAGGGCAAAAUAGACACCUACUACAACUACAAUUCCCAGAUGUAGUCACUGCGUGCUGUGACGUCAUCACGCACCACGCUGGGCUACUUGAUUUAAAAUUGGUUCGCGAAGCUAGGAGUAAUAUUUCCGCUUUAUUGUAUUUAAAUAUUAGUCAUUGCAGCCUUAUUUCUAUACUAUUUGUACUUACAACCGUCUUGUGCGUUUAAAUUUGAUGUCGUUAUGACGACAAAGUUAUUACUGUAUUGUCGUUAGCACUUUUUGCUAACCCAAAUUAUACCAAACGUCAUUUUAGUCCAAAUUAGCCUUGGGACAAAAUGUCGUCUUUUUUUUCCACAUUUUGCAGUACUUUUUGAUAACAUAUGUGCUCAUUAGUAUGAAAAUGAUAACUCUGAGUAGGAGUGCCGUCGUAAUUGAAUCUCCGAGCAAGUGUCAAAGCUGUUAAAGAGGCUGUUACCUCGGUACAGAAGUGUGAAGAUUAAUGUCGUCCUCCUGCGUGUUUAAACACUGAUGGCUGCAGAGAUGCUUUCUUUUGUUUCCUUGCAGAUCAACUGCAAGAUGAACUGGGACCGCCAGCUGAGCUCCAUCCUCUCUGCAGCAGACAACAGCGUGGCCAAUAUGAGAGGGCGACUGUCCUUACUGGGGAACUCAAGCAAAAGGGAAGAAGAGUUCUUCCCUUGCAGGGAGAAGAUUCCCAUUUCAGAUUUUGACAGCCAUCCCAUUUGCUCUCCAUCACCUGGUGCACGGCAGCUUCUUCCAGUCGGUCCCGGCGUGCAGUGGGCGGACUUGGCCUCCAUCCAGUCUCAGCUGCAGACACAAAACCAGGCGAUUGAGUCGCUCAUCAAGAAAGUUGGCAACAUGGAACGAGAGAAAGAGUCUCAGCAAUUUCACAUCCAGACGCUGCAAGCGGAGGUGGACCGAUUGCGUGAAGACCUGAGAGGGAGGAGAAGCGAGAAGGAGGACUUUCUCGGAGUGGAGAGAGGAAUGAGAGACGGAGCGGUCACCUUUUCGAAGGAGAGUUGGAGCUCCAAGGUGUGCCGAGUGGAGUUGGAACACCUGAGCAAAGAGGUGGACCAGCUGAAAACUCGGCUGAGGAGGCAAGAAGAAGCGAUGAUGCACCAGGAGAAAGAGGCCCGUGAGAGCCGGCGACAGUGCCAGCACGGCCAUGAGAUGCUCCAGGAGCUGAUUGACAGCUACAAAGCUCACAGUACAGAGUUGGCCAAAAGUGCCUUUGAGUAUGCGCAAAAAGAGGUCCGCCACAUCAGCGCCACUGUGUCCGAACUGGAGGGCGAGGUCAGGCGUCUGCAUAAGCUCCAAGCCGCGAUACCAGAAAUUGUCCCAGACGGCUCGCCCAGGCUCGGCAGAAGGCUCAAAGUUGAAGAGGUCAGGCAGUACUCAGACUCGGAGGACUUCAGCCCGACCGUGAGCCUGGCGGAGAUCAGUUCAGAUCUCUCACUGCUGGACGACCUGCCUCCUGAGCGUCCGAGUGUUGGUUCCAGAGUAAAGUGUGAUUUCCUAGAGGUGGAGGAAGAUGACGACUACGAUGACAUCCUGGAUGACGACAAUGACGACGUGAACCCAGAGUUAGGGUCUGACCUGAGUCUGACAGACCUCUAAAUCUCUCUUUUUAUGAGGUCAGUGAUUGGAAUGUACGAGGAACAGUUUUGGGUUGGUAAUCAGCAGGUGAUUGCGAUAUGUGGUUCCCAGGCUAUAUCGUGGUUCAUCGUUCGGACUGCUGGUGCAUCCCGAUUUGUUUCUUUUCUAUGGGUUUUUAUGGUAAACUAACUGUAAUGCCCCUGCAUAUGGGAAAGGAGAGCCAUUGUUAUGAUGCACCUAUCAGCCAUUUCUUGAACGUUGGGACAACAGUAAAACAGAGUGAGCAAAGUCACAUAGAAGUUGCUGUCAGCCACAGCGCUCAGCCAGACACGAGCACACAGACUCACCGACAUCACACCGGCCCUGCUUCUUAAAGGCACGUAUAACAUAGAAACUACAAUAUGUACUCACCGAUGCAGAGUACUGAUACCAUUAGUAGCGUUGAUGCAUAACAUUUCAAUUAACACAUUGAUAGAUGAUUGUGUACAAAGACCUUCUGAUGCACAUGAAGAUUCAAUGUGUCAAACCGCCGCAAUGUAGUACCAACUACUGGUGAGGAGGACUUACUCAAUGUCAGAUUAUUUUUGCCGCAUCGGUGGCUGGUAAUCUGCAGACUUCACGAGUACCAUACUGUCAGAGAAGUUUCUUCAAAACAACUGAGACAAGCCUGAGGACUGUAUCGAAGUGAACUCACACCAACCAAGAUUGUCCUUUUCUGCUGUUUAUUUGAAGCAAAGCAGGAUGCAACACAGUGGAACUUUACCGAAAUGCGCAGGUGCCCCGGAAAAAUGCUUAGAUCGUUUCCCGUUAUUCUAACAGUUUCUAACAGACCGCAUAGUUACACGUCUACUUGAGCAAGUGUGAAAAUGACAGGUUGAGUAAGUGUGAACCAGACAGCUUCCUUGUCUCGUCCACAAAUCUGCAUGGGCGAAUUUCUACAAAAUGUGAAUAUGCUUUAAACAUGAUAACUAUAAUAGUAAUGAAUUCUUUCACACAUACUAUAAAAAAGGUGGGUAUCGUCCUGAUACCGAUAUCUGUUAUUGGUACUUGCCCAUCCCUUGGUGAAACGCUUUAAAAAUGGUUCUUAUUUGGUCUUUUUAUGGCACAGAUUUUCACCUAUUGUAGGUGUAAAUGUAAACACAUUGUGAGAGGGCUUCUGAAGUCGUAUGAAAGCUCCCUUGCCCCUACACUGUUCUAAAUAAAUGAUUGGAAUACAGGAGUAGGCGAGUUCGGCUUUCCUUAACAUGAUUGGGGGCUCGUUAGCUCUACGGCAAGAGUUUGUCUAACAGCGGGCUGGAUCUGGCCGGCAAGUGCGGUGCACUGUUUCCCGUCUCUCGUGUUGCUUGGCGGGUUGCCUUUCGCCGGCAAGUGUAUGCGUAACAGUGGACUGGAUCUUACAGUUGACUGUCACAGUAGGCUGGAUCUCGCUGGCAGGUAUGCGUUUUCCAGAUGCAAUUUGGCUAUAUCUUGUUCCGCGUCGCUCCUCAGAUUGGCUCUUGUCAAUUUACACAAGUGUAUGCGUAAUAGCGGCUUGGAUCUUGCGGGCAAGUGUAUGCGUAUCAGCAGGUUGGAUCUCCGAGGCCGUCCCCUUUUUUCACGUCACUCGACAGGCAGGUUUUUCAUCUCACCGUCUCGUGCAUGCUUGACAGCGGCUUGGAUGGAACCAGCGAAUGUAACAUUAGGCAGGAGCUUUCUUGCCAAUGUGUGCAUUACGGAGGGAGUUUAGCUGCCUCUUCUUCCGUGUCCCGUUGUCAUCUCACUGGCAAUUGUUUGCGGAUCAACGGCAUAUGUAACAGUGGACUGGACGUCGCCAGCAAGUGUUGACGUACCGCCCAACGUUUGGCCGUCUCUCGUCAUGUCGCCAGCGGUGUAUGCGUAGCAGCGGGCUCGCUCUCGCGUGUAAGUGUGUGAGGUCUGAACUGCAUUUGACCAUCUCCCCAUCAGCGUUGCUCAGUGGACUGGCUCGCUUCAUCUCAAGUAUAUGCAUCACAGUGGGGCGGAUCUUGCUGGCGAGUCUAUGUCUAAGAAUGGGCUGGAUCUCUUGCCAGAAAGUGUGCACUGCAGCUGGUAGCUUGCUUCUACUUGCAUAAGCAGAGAGUGAGGAGAAAAUAAUGCAUGUGCCCGUAAAGAGAUGAAAUGAACUUUCCCUUUUGGAGGCAGCACUACAUCCACGACUACACUGUGUGUAUGUGGCACAUGAACACAAAUGUCUGAUUUGUCGGCACUGACAUUAAAGAAAGAAAAUGCAGCGAUACAUCUCAAAUACCUUUUAAUAGUAAUAAUAAUAAUAGUCCAUAGUCAACAUUGACCAGCAAAGCCUCACAAUGCAACGAUUAAUGCAUUUGACACUUCCAUCGAUAAACACAAGUACAUCAUUUUAAAACGUGGACUUCCACAAUGAUUCAUCUCAAAGGGGAAUGCAUCUUUUUGGAGUAUUUAUAAAUUAAUCCAUGCACUCAACAUCACUAGUAUUUACAAUAUGAACACUUCAUAAAGGCCACUGCUCCAGUCGUAUGUUUACGUCAUGGAAAUUAAAUGACUAUAAAUGUUUAAAAGGCACUCUUACCUGGACUGUAAUGGGGGGGGGGCAUCACCAACAAUACUGUAUUUGAACACAAACUAGACUCUUCAUUAGGUACCAC